CAAGCAGUGUUUCGGACACUUUGCACGCGUUGAUCAUAGAUGAAUCUCCGCUUUCCACUAAAACGGUCCCUGUCCACAUUAAUUACUAGACAUGGAUGUGCUUUCUUCGACGUGAGGAUGACGCUACAUGACAUCAGACUAUCACGACAAUUCAUCCAGGUUGUACUUGCUCAACUUGUGGUGAUUGAGAACCAUGCAUGUUGGCCAGGUACAGUCACCGUCAGGUAAGGCGGGGAGGAGGUGAGGCACAACAAGCAAACCUCCGUAAUACUUAAGGAACAGAAAUCCCACCCUUCCAAAGCAUUUCCUCAUCAUCCAUCCACACAAACAAACAAACAAACAACUCAUCACAACCUCUAGCCAAUAAAUCCAAUCUCUCAACCCCCAAACCACUUCAUCAUAAAUCAUCCACAACCACCCAAUAUGUCUGGAAUCAUCAACAAGGUCAAGGACGCUCUCCACAAGGACAAGCAUGAAGAGACCCCCACCGGUACUGCAGGCCCUCACGGUUCAAGAACGGCAAAUGCCGCCGAUCCAAGGGUAGAUUCAGACCGCGACCACCGUGGUAACACUGAGUUCGGCCACACCACCGGCACCCACACCGGUACCCACGGUGUAGGAGCCACUGGAACUCACACUGGAACUCACGGUGUAGGAACCACUGGAACUCACACCGGUACUGGUGCUGGUUACGGUACUUCUGGCACAGGCGAGGGAGCUCAUGGCCCUCACUCCUCUCGUGUCGGCAACGCUGCUGAUCCCCGCGUGGACUCGGACCUCGACGGUAGCCGCACUGUUGGCAACACUCACAGCACAGGCACUGGAGCUUUCGGCAGCACUGGUACCCACACCGGUGCUCACGCUGGCACCCACGGUGUAGGCGGCACUACUCACGGCACAUCUGGUAUCGGUGGUACUCACACCGGCACUGGUUAUGGCACCUCUGGCACAGGCGAGGGAGCUCAUGGCCCUCACUCCUCUCGUGUCGGCAACGCUGCUGAUCCCCGCGUGGACUCGGACCUCGACGGUAGCCGCACUGUUGGCAACACUCACAGCACAGGCACUGGAGCUUUCGGCAGCACUGGUACCCAUACUGGUUCUCACACUACCGGCACUCAUGGUGUAAGUGGAACUACUGGCGGCUUCUCUUCUGGUACCACCCACGGCACUCACACCGGUACUGCUGAAGGCCUUCACGGCCCUCACUCUUCUCGCGCGGCCAAUGCUGCCGACCCUCGUGUAGACAGCGAUCGGGACCACCGUGGCACACACGCCACCACUCACGUUGGCCCGGCCGACAACACUGCUGGCCCUCACAAGAGCGAUAUCUUGAACAAGGUCGACCCUAGAGUCGACAGUGACUUGGAUGGUUCCAAGACUGUGGGCGGCAACAAGACUCACGCAUACUAGAUGGUUGGAAAAAUGCAGGACUUGUCCUGAGAAUUGCCAAGGCAUUCCAAAAUGAAUCACGAGAUACCCUAAUUGAAUGGCAGACCUUAGCAUAGCAUGAAUUGACGAAAGUUGAACAAUAUUUACAAUUACUUGACACCUCGCGUACUUGCAAAUAUCAGAUGAAUUGUCGCUGCUCAUUUGCAGCUGGCGGCAUGAUCUUCCAACAAUACAAUUUGGGAUAACGUGAUUCAAAACUUCUUAACAUGAUCAAGUAUGAUCCCAUCAAUGUGAUACAGAGCAAAACUAGUUACCAUAGACUGGACUAAUAAAUGCUCGACUUGGUGUGCCUGACUAAGCUUUUAGCUCUGCAUUCUUAGAUAUAAAACCUUAGUGCUACUAUUAAAAAUCAACCGUGAUCCUCC